GAGAGCCAAAUUGAAAGCUGACCGAUACUGCAAGUGACGUGGACAUUUUGUGUAGCUUUGGGUUUUUUUCUGUGGUUUUUUUUGUUGUUGUUGUUUCUUUCUUUCUUUGUCUCCUCCCUCCCUCUCUCUCUCUCUCUCUCUCUCUCUCUCUCUCUCUGAAUAAAAAUAUUUGAUAUAAGUGCUUUUACAGAGUUCUCGAGUCCUUUUGAAACUGUUGCUAAAUUUAGUUUCUGGUUUGACCUGGCUGGUCAUGGUUAACGUUGGCCCUUCACGGGAUUUACUUUUCAGGUAAGUGUACCCUCUUAAGGACUGCAGGACUCUUUAUUCUCUGAAUUCCUAUCAUGUUACUCCAGGACACACAUUCCCGGCGCUGUGGACUCUUGACUGCUGCUGCACUGCCUGUCUCUUCUCAGUCCAUGUUUGAUCCGUACAUUUAGAGGACGUUAGAAACUCUAUAAAGCUAAAACGAUGGAAGCUUGGGAAUGCUGAUUCUGCUGCUAGUGAAGGAGGCAGUGGUAUGAAUCAGCGCAGUUCAAGAGGGAGAGCCAGGUGUCGAGAGAAUAACCUCUCUGAAAUAGACUUUCAACUGGGCUGCUACCCGGAGGUGCUGCCCACAGUCAGGGUGGGCCUUCCCACAUCAGUCAAGGGAACCAGGACAGCUCUCAGGCAGGUUUGAAACGCCAGAGUCAGUGACUGAAGACAGCUUUCUGCCUCAGGUUGCUGUCUAAAACAGUCCUCAGUGUCCCCCUUCAAAAAGUGUUUUUUACACCAAAAAGGAAAAAUACUCGGAUCCCCAGCACAGGAGUCGGGGGUGAGAAUUAAAAUAGGAUUUUAAUGGUCCUGAGUGAGUUUUAUAGAAGCAUUUUUUUAAAAGCCUCCAAACUUCUUGAGAUGCCUGUCGUCGAAGCAGAAAAUGUAAAUCUAGAGGCAUUUUUUUCCUGUUGGAUUCUAGAUAACUCAUCCUAUUAUGGAGAGCCUUGUCCAAGGUAAAAGCCAAGCAAGUAUUUCACUUUUAUCUGCUUUUCAAAGUAGACUAUGAAGUACCAAGUACCUGUCCUAGGUUUAGGUCCGCUGGACCAACUGGCUUCUCACGAGCUAAAGGAAAACAGGAGUUGAGUAACGCGGCGACAAAUACAUCGAUGAAGGUCCCACCCCUUCAACCUCUCCAACCCCGGACAUAACAGCAAGAAACUAAAAUCUAAAUCCUAGGAUUUAGCAGUGCCUUAAGUACCUAGAGUACCCGAGAGAUGAAACUUCUGACCCUGACACUUGUCCUCUCUGGUUGUGAUCCCUCGGGCAGGAUGGAUGGAUUGAGUGACUCACUUGGAGCCAGCCUUCCCCAGAAGGCAAACUAGGUCUGACGCUAUGCUCUGAAACUCUGUCCCUUUGGUGGGCUCAGGAACCGCGACGCCUAGGAGCCAACCUCUCCCGAGUCAGUCGGCGUCCGCCCUCAGAAAUCCUCCAGCACCAGCGUCUUGCCCCGGCCCCCGCGCUCCAAACGAGUGAAGGCCAGAGGAAAACUGGAAGUCCCGCCCCGGGGUGCGGCUAAGGCUGGACGAAACCACUGCGUGGCGUGCUGGGGGCGCAGCCCCUCUCGGCCCUGUGCGCGGACUCCGCUCUAGGGACUCGGCCCGGCGCCUCUAUCUCUGGCGUGUCCCCUGCCGUGCAUGGUGUGGCCCAGGGUCGCUGAUCACGCGUUGGGGUGCGGCCUGCUGCUGGUGGAGGUGGUCCCUGCUGCAGCUGCUGCUAGAGUCCCUCGGAGCGGCGCUUGCAGCUGGGAAGAUGCGGGGCCAAAGUCUUCUCACCUGGGUCCUAGCCGCGGCAGUCACCUGCGCCCAGGCACAGGAUGUGCCGCCGUGGACAGAAGAUUGCAGAAAAUCAACGUAUCCUCCUUCUGGACCAACCUAUAGAGGACCAGUUCCGUGGCACACCAUAAAUCUUGAUUUACCACCCUACAAAAGAUGGCAUGAAUUAUUGGCUCAAAAGGCACCAGCGUUGAGGAUUUUAGUGAAUUCCAUAACGAGUUUAGUGAAUACAUUUGUGCCAAGUGGAAAACUAAUGAAGAUGGUGGAUCAAAAGCUGCCUGGUAUGAUUGGCAGCCUUCCUGACCCUUUUGGAGAGGAAAUGAGGGGAAUUGCAGAUGUUACUGGGAUUCCUCUAGGAGAGAUUAUUUCAUUCAACAUUUUCUAUGAAUUGUUUACCAUGUGUACAUCAAUCAUAACUGAAGAUGAGAAAGGUCAUUUACUACAUGGGAGAAACAUGGAUUUUGGAAUAUUUCUUGGGUGGAAUAUAAAUAAUAACACUUGGGUUGUCACAGAAGAAUUAAAGCCCUUAACAGUGAAUUUGGACUUCCAAAGAAACAAUAAGACUGUUUUCAAGGCUACAAGUUUUGUUGGAUAUGUGGGCAUGUUGACAGGAUUCAAACCAGGACUGUUCAGUCUUUCACUAAAUGAACGUUUCAGUAUAAAUGGUGGUUAUCUGGGUAUCCUAGAAUGGAUGUUCGGAAGGAAAGAUGCCCAGUGGGUAGGGUUUAUCACUCGAUCAGUUCUGGAAAACACCACAAGUUAUGAAGAAGCCAAGAACACACUGACCAAGACCAAGAUAAUGGCGCCAGUAUAUUUUAUCCUGGGAGGCAAGAAGUCUGGAGAGGGUUGUGUGAUCACACGGGAAAGAAAAGAGUCUUUGGAUGUCUAUGAACUUGAUCCUAAGCAUGGCAGAUGGUAUGUGGUACAAACCAAUUAUGACAGGUGGAAAAACACCUUGUUUAUUGAUGACCGCAGAACACCGGCCAAGAAGUGUCUAAAUCACACCACACAGAAGAAUCUCUCCUUUGCUACCAUCUAUGAUGUCCUAUCAACAAAACCUGUCCUCAACAAGCUGACUGUAUUCACAACCUUGAUGGAUGUUACCAAAGGUCAAUUUGAAAGUCACCUUCGAGAUUGCCCAGACCCUUGUAUAGGCUGGUGAGCACACGUUGGCCAGCCUUGAGGACGUACUGAGACCCGAAGAUGUGUUGUGCAGAGAGCGUGCCUGGUCUCCUUCCAUAGGCUAAGGCUCAAGGCCUCUUGUCUUUAGUCAGGACUGUCCUCAUCAUGUUACAUUGUUUACAGGCUGUUUUGUUGUUUGUUUGUUCUGAUGAUCAUCAUCACUUCGACUCACAGGUAAAUUCUUUAAGGGACACCACAUAGAAAUUGCCAGUUCAUUUCACUUUGCCACUGCGGAAAGGGUAACUGUGACCUCCAUGGAACCCAUCAAAGUUCUCUGAUGGUGUUUGAGUCAGCGCCCUGUGUGAUUAAUGUAAAAGUUACAUUUUCUUUUUUAAUCUACAUACUUAUGUUUUUCUGUACACCAGUAGUUUUCCUUUUCCUGGUUCUCUCUUAGAACCAACCUGCCAUUCACCUUUGCUGGUGGUGACAGCAGUGCAAUGUCGCUAUGCUUGGCUGGAGUACCUCAGAUAGACAUUUGAUACUUAUUUUAAUGGGCAAUCAAUAGACCUCUGACUCUAGAAACAGUGUUUUGGAGGAUUAUAAAAUAACUAUUAUACAAACACUAUUUUUUUAAAAAAGAAUAAGUGUUCUCUUUUUCCUAGUUAUUCUGCCUGCCAGUAACCCCAGGAAGAGUCUAGCUUCAAAAACCCACAAACUCAUUAUUUUUAAUUCUUUUAUGUAUAAUCAAUGUAAUGUUUUUUCCUUCUAAUCAUAUUUUUUUAGAUUUUCAUACAAUAUAGUAUUAAUAUUUUUCAGAAAUCAAUGUAUUUAUGAAAACUGCAAACAGAACUUGUUCAUCUUUCUAACCUUCACAGUUGACAGUGAAGCAUUCUGUACAGUGUGGCAGACUGUAUCCAUUUAGUUUUGGACAGUCUGCGGUGUCGUGAUGCGCAAUAAACAGUCACUGUCAGAUAUGUCAGCAGUCAUGCA